GGGGGCACCGAGGAGAUGUGUGAUGGCGGAGGGGAGCUCCGCGCGGCCCCCGGCAGGACACCGAUCCGCGCAGCUCCGUGUCCCGCCGCCCCGGCGGCGAUCGCCCGGUAGCGGCGUUUGGUGCCGGGGUCCGCCAAGCCCGCAGGGGGCGCCCGCGAGCGCUGCCUGACGUCAUGGCGCACCCCACGCUGAUUGGUGGUGUCCCCGGCGGGGGGCGGGGCAUGCCGGGAGUCGCCCCCCCCGGAGGAGGCGGCGGAGCGGGGCACGCGGGGACAUGUCCCCUUGGUAACUGCGGCCGAGCGCGCCCGUCCCGUCCCGCCCCUGGCAGGGCUGGCCAUGGCGCAGGCCCCGCCAGGCCCGAGCCUCCGCUCCCUGGUGGCCUACGAGCUGGGGGAGAGCGGCAGCAUGGCCUCCGUCAGCUUCCAGAGCGCCGCCAUGGGGGGCGUCUUUGCCUGCUUCCCCCGGGUGCUGCUGGUGCACCGGGCCGGUGAGCCGGCGGGCCGGGCCCUCUACAUCUUCCUGGUGGCCGGGCCAGCCCCGGCGCAGGGGGGCGGCAUGGCCAGGGUGGUGCAUCUCGCCAUCCCGCGGGGUGAGUCGGCGGGAAGCCUGGCCCGCAUGUACGGGGCGUUCAGGGCCUUCAACCCCGCCUGUGCCCAGACCCAGCUCCUCCUGGUGGACCCCGACCUCCCCCAGCGGCCAGCACUCGCUCAGGCCUUUCCCGCGGCAGAGGUGCAGCUCUCCGUCUUCCACCUCUGCAAGCGCCUGCAGGUGCAGAUCCAGCAGCUGACCUUGGAGGGCCGUGCUGAGCGCCUGAUCCUGGCCACCCUGAGCGACACCAUGUACGCAGCCACCAAGAGCAACCGCAGGAAGAUGCAUGCCCUCCUGAGGGACCUCGUGACACCAGACUUGCUACCUCGGCUCCAUAUUGACUGGCUGCUUGAUGAUGAGAUCUGGGCCACACACAGGGAAAGGACCUGGGGGGAGAGCAUUUACUACUUGAGGGACCUGGAGAUGGUCACCCAGGGGCUAAGCGAGGUUUUCAGCGCUGGGCUCUCUCUGGAGAGCUGCAUCACCUCCUUAGCCCAGCACUACCAAGAGUGUGUUUCUAAGAGCCCUCCUGAUGCUGUGAUGUGCUCUGCUCCCCAUCCUCAUCACCAUGCUGUUCAGGUAGCUCCUCAAAGCCUACCUGCCUCAGGUCUACCUCUCACUCCUCUGGUGUGCCAGAGUAAGCCAUCUCAGAGCUCUGUCCAGGCCUCCCUCACCAUGAUAGGAGGUCAGCAGCAGCAGCCAGUGGCAGCCUCUCUCACAGCUGGUAAGAGUCCUGUGAUUCUUCUCCAGAGUCCACUGGCAGAUCCUCAGUUCCCCAGGGCUCUUCAGCAGCAGCCAGAAGCUCCCCAGGCUCUCCUCCAGAGCGAGCCUGUGAGCCCUCAGUUCUCAUUAGAUCCUUCAUCUCCUGCAGCUAAACUGGAGGCCACAGAAAACGCAGAGGGUGACAGCAAUGAGGAGAUUAACCGAAGGACUGAAGAAUGCAUCAAGCAGUCUUUGAGGGAUAUUUGUACGGAGCCAGCUGCCUGGCUGUGCCUGAGUGAGUUUGCAGUGGUUCAGAAGUCUGUGCAGCUGAUAGGCACAGGGGAGGAUGCCCUCACCAUACAGGUCCUGGAGGAUGCCUACACGGUGGACCUGAAAGGCCUGAGCAGCUGCACUUGCCACUUCAACCAGGUCUUCCAGCUGCCCUGCCGGCACAUCCUGGCUGUGCUGAAUUCGGACAGGAAGACCUUGCAGCCAGAGAUGCUCAGCAGACAGUGGCAGAAGGGAAGUGAUGCCCAUCAGGCCGAGCGAGACAGUGCUGAUGGCCUCUUGGAGAUCCUGAAGAGCUCCUGGGAUGAGUCUUUGGAUAAAUCCCUGUUGGUGUCCUUCCUCACGGAGGAGAUCAGCCAGCUUCUCACCCACUGCAGCAGGGAGGAGUUUGAGUGCAGGUACAGGACCCUCCGGGAGCUGGCUGACAGCUGGAUCGGGCCCUACAUCAAGGUGAAGCUUUAGCACCAGCGGGACCCAAGCUGGUCGCUCUGUGUGUGAGUCCUUGGGAGCAGAGGGGCAGCAGAUAUGCAGGAGGCCUGUUCAUCACUCCAUUGAUGUCCUGGCUUCUUCCUUUACUCCCCUCAGCCUGUCACGCCCUUGGGGCUCAGCACGGAAAGGGCAGUUUGGGUCCUUCAUCUGCCGAGCAAGCAUUGUCCCUUGCACAGCGCAGCUGAGAAACCGGAUUGGGAACUCCAGAUUGUGCUGGAAUGGGUAACCAGCUGCUGACCUGGCUAACCAGGCAGGCUGGGAGCCAACCAUGGGUGGUGUGGCGUGGGAGGUGAUGGUAUAAUAACAUGUGACAAAAUUAUUUGACCUGUGGCC